AUGGCGGAUGGUGCCGAAGCAAUUGAGGCCCACGGGGUUGGAAAUACCAGUUGGGCGAGAACUGCCAAAGAUUUAUUUGCGGGCGCUGCUGGGGGUGUCGCACAGGUUCUACUAGGUCAACCAUUCGACAUCGUCAAGGUUCGCCUUCAGACGACAACCACCUAUCCCAGUGCCUUAUCAUGUGCAUCGUCGAUUCUCCAAAAUGAAGGACCACUGGCGUUUUACAAAGGCACUCUCACCCCGUUGAUUGGCAUUGGGGCGUGUGUUUCGGUUCAAUUCGGCGCCUUCCACUAUGCUCGACGAGCGUUUGAGGAGCAAAACCUGCGCGCGAACCAUCCAGCAGGCCUCUCUUACGGUCAAUACUAUCUGGCUGGAGCUUUCGCAGGGUUGACGAACUCUGUUCUGUCUGGCCCUAUCGAGCAUGUGCGUAUCCGUCUGCAGACUCAGCCACAUGGAGCUGCUCGCCUUUACAGCGGUCCCCUCGAUUGUAUCAAAAAGCUAUCGGCGCACGAAGGCGUCCUCCGGGGUCUCUACCGUGGCCAAGCGGUCACACUCUACCGAGAAGCACAAGCCUACGGCGUCUGGUUCCUGACCUUCGAAUACCUGAUGGCGCUAGAGCAAAAACGCAACAACAUUCGCCGCGAAGAUAUUUCAUCUCCCAAAGUAGCCUUCUAUGGAGGCCUUGCAGGUGAAGCACUCUGGAUCGCUAGUUACCCUUUUGAUGUGAUCAAGAGUAAGAUGCAGAGCGACGGCUUUGGGAAGGAACAGAGAUACAAGACCAUGAGGGAUUGCUUUGCACAGACAUGGAGGGCUGACGGGAUGAGAGGAUUCUGGAAGGGCAUUGGGCCUACAUUGGUGAGGGCGAUGCCUGUCAGUGCAGGUACCUUUGCAGUGUAA